UUGUCACGCUCGAGCUCGGCCCAUUGACAGCCGCCCUCCCGCUCGAGGUUCAUCUCCUCCCUCUGUUUCUCUUCUCCGACCUUUCCCUUCUCUCGAAGAGAAACUCUCUCCUUUCCUGGCGGCGACGACUGGGCGAGCGGUGGCCCAGCCCUUUGCCGGCGACGAGUGCAUCCUCCAGAACAAGAAUUAUCGGGUGUACAUGUGUACACCAAUGUCGUAUGCUGGGUCCGCCCCUGCCAUAUAGGACUUUAAAUUGAAACCGAGGAGUGGGUGCUUUUUAUCUUUCCAAUGUCCAAAAGAAGCCUCCCUUCUUGGAUGGGUUCUUCUAAAGAUGGAGAGGACGAUUCAGGCAAGAAGAAACAUACAGGCACCUCCCAGAAGGCUCAGAAAGGGCCUGAUUUUUCCAAACUUUUGGAUGGGGUCGUCUUUGUGCUGUCAGGGUUUGUGAAUCCGGAGAGGAGCACACUGCGGUCACAAGCAUUGGAUAUGGGAGCUGAGUAUCGGCCCGAUUGGACAUCAGAUUGCACCCUUCUUGUUUGUGCAUUUGCUAACACACCCAAGUUUCGACAAGUUCAAGCUGAUAAUGGAACCAUUAUCUCAAAGGAUUGGAUCUCUGAAUCUCACAUGCAAAGAAAACUUGUGGACAUUGAACCUUAUCUUAUGCAUGCUGGAAAACCAUGGCGGAAAAAUAAGGAGACAGUUGAAUCUGAUCAAGGUCCUGCUGAUUUAGAUCAGAAGGAGAUGCGUAAAGAGCAUAAAAAGCAAGUUCAACGGUCUCACAUCAAGUCAUCUGUCUCUGCUACCACAGAGGCGGGACAUUCAGACUCUGGAAACAUACACUUUUCUCCCUCAAAAAUAAAACAAUGGGCAAUGGAUGAUUUGACGCAGACUGUGUCAUGGUUGAAGAGCCAAGAAGAGAAGCCAGAGCCAAGUGAACUGAAGGCAAUUGCUGCUGAAGGAGUUAUUACUUGUCUGCAAGAUGCCAUCGAAUCCCUCGAGCAAGGCAAUGAUAUUAAAGGAGUGGCGGAGCAGUGGAGCUUCGUCCCCCAUGUUGUCAACGAACUAUUGAAACUGGAUGGAAGCAGAAAAGAUGCAUCUUUGCCUAAAGAACAGCUCUUGCAACUAGCAAUCAAGUGUAAGAAGAUUUAUCAGGCCGAGUUUGCUCGCAUGGACAGUGACGACAAGAAGGGGACGAAGGGGCAGAGCAGCUCGCCUGUAACUAAGCAUCGCAGGAAGACCAAGUCGGAUGAUGAUUGCUACGACAGCGACGCCACGAUAGAAAUGACAGAGGAAGAGAUUGAUCUGGCGUGCAGGCAGCUCCCUGGGCUAUGUUGAUAAGCUAGGUUAGUAGAGGCGUGCGUGUGUCCCACUGCCCCCUCAGAACUGAAGAGGAAGAAUGCUGGAUGGCCAUCUCCAAUCUUUUCCUGCUGCCACCCAAAUAAACCGUAUGAGAAUUAGGUUGUUAGGCAAAUUGACGAGCCCAAGGUUGUAAUAUUGAUUUUAAUCUAUACUAGUGGUUAUGCACGUGCCCAGGCACGUGUUUAUUUAGUGGUUUUGCACAUUUCGAGUCCCAAUGUUUAAAACUAACUCUGUAUAACUCUACGAAGCUACAUAAUAUACUCUAUGGUGUAAGAGUUCCGCCAA